AUGACAAACAUUUCGAAAAUUUUGUACGAUUCGCUGAUCGGAUCGCUUCAAUCCCCGAUCUAUCAAGUGGGCGCCACGCUUCUUAUUUGGAAAGUGUCACAAUGCGAUUCCGAGCAACAGCCCCUUUUGCGCCGACUGUCGGCUCACAAAGUUCCCAACUCGAACGAGUCCGUCCGGCUACGCGCUCUGUGAAAUUUUUCGACCGCAGAGUACUGUAGCCAUGAAGCUUUUGCUUCUGUUAUUUUUAUCAGGUUCCUGUUCCAUUUUUUGUUUUUAAUAAAAUAAGUUUGUAAAAAAAUUCCUAGAACGCGUUAAGAAUUCGAAAAUUCAACAUUUUGCGGUUACUUCGAAUCAGGAAAAUGUAUUUUUUCUCCGUGAGAUUGUUUUAUUUUAAAUAAUUGGUGAAAAAAAAAUUUUUUUCUUAAGUUUUUUUGUUCUCGUUUCCUGAGGCAAAAUGUGUACAACUAUCAUUAUUUUUAAAUUUUAUCUUCCCCAAAUGAUUUUUUUCCAAUUUUUUUCAUGUUUUAAUAAAAUUUUUUUGAUGAAUCGAAAUUUUUUUAGAAAAAUAACAAUUUUUGAGCUUUGAAAGAUAAUUUACGUCAAAAAUGUCUUCCCCUUUAAAAUUUUUCUUCAAAAAAAAUAAAAAAAUAAAUGAUUCUAUUAAUUACAGCGGCUCCUAUGAAUAAAAUUAUGAACAUAGUACGAAAAUCAUUGUUUUGAAUUCUUUUUGAAAUUUUUUUGACGUAGGGAAAAAAAAUUUUUUUGAAAUUUAUAGGAUCUAUUUUUCAUUUUUUCAGCGAUCCCCACUGCCUUCACAAAAAUGUGCAGAUCACCAGUUUAUUGGCUGCAUGUUGCGGUUGAAGGCGCAGCGAGUUCCUGUAGAAAAAAACAUCAUGAGUCUGGUGUUCAGUAUCGGCACUGAAGCUCGGCUGCUCCACACUUGCAAGUUCGAACUCGAAUCUUAUCGCAUUGCGGAUUUCCUUCCAGAGUCUAUUCCUCAACUCUUCCUUGUUUCCAAGAGAAGAUUUCGGAAUGUGGAGAUGACAAACAGCGUCGACUUCUGGCGGAAGUUUCCAAGAUGAUUAUGUUCAUGUGCUCUCCUUUCAGCUUGCAGAGACAGAGGUGAGAAAUCACAAGAAACUACUUUUUUACAAGCUCUUUGUUUUCUUUUUUCACUAAAUUUUCGAGAUUCUCUAUUCACUGUUUGCAGUUCCCCUAAACAGCUUGAUUGACAAACAUAAUGGGAAAAAAUUGCUGUUCUGGAAUUUAAGACCUUGAAGUACCAUGAAGAGGUUACCUAAUACGUUUUCUUUGUAAGCUGAUCUUUCUCGAAUUUUCGCGACUUUUUUUGUUUAAUACUCGAUUUCUAGUCAAAAAAAGUCUUUUUUUUUCGUAAAUUUGGAAGUUCGCUUUUUGAACUGCGUUGAAAAAAUUGAGUUAGCGGAACUGAGCACUCGUGUGACUGUAACAAUUAGACUUUCGUGACGAGCCGAACGGUCAGGGACAAUGGCCGUAUUGACCGGCCAACAGUGUUUUGGUGAGGUCUGAAAUGAAUGUUCGAAACGAGCAUUAGAAGGUUUCUUUGUGCACGUGACGCGCGAAUUACACGCACUUCACGAGAAGUUUGCCCUGCAGCUUAUGCUCUGAAACUGGAGACAAUCUUGGUGGCCAGGAUAGAAUAAAAAGAGUUUUUUUGGAAAUUGAAAAAAACUCGAAAAUUUUUUUAGCUUUAUUCAUUCGAUUUCGAACUGGGAAGAACAUCUAGCAGUGUUUUGUAAUUCUUUUGAAAUAUUGAAUUAACAUCAUCAGAUGUGAUGAGAAAGCCUUUAAAAAAAGCUAGGCUACAUAUCAAUCAUAGUCCUUUUAAACAGACCUUAUGAAUGAAUAGUAAACUUAGCCCAACGACUCUAAAAAAAUUUAAAAAAAUUGAAAAAAAUUCGAUUCGCAUUCUCUUCACGAACAUUUAAGUUAGAGUUUUUUUAGAGUUUUUUUGUGAUCGCUUUUUAGAUUUCAAACAAUUUUUGCGCAUUUUUAACGACUUUCAUGGAGAGAUCUGACAACCUUGUCAAAAUUUUUUGGUUAUAUUUCACGAAACAAGAACCAGAUAUGAAAAUGGGGAAGGCGCUCAACAUGCGGAAGUCAGCUUUCGAGAGGUGUCAAUUCAAACAAAUGGAUGUGUCCACUUGAGCGGCUACUUUUUUAUGGUCCUUUUGACACCUAGCGCGCCGAACGUGGCGAGAAAUUUUCUGUGAAGAAACGAAGGGAAACUCCCAAGGAAGGCUUGAUGCUAGGAGAGUAUUAGCUGUAAUUUUAUCGCUUAACUGACAUAAUUUUUUUUAUUUUUAUUGCAUUAUGACGUAUUAUUUGAAGUGAUUUUUUUAAUUCACUGAAAGGAUAGCAAAGAAUAUAUCGAUUGUUUUUGGAAUUAAAACCUGGCUACAAGGCUUUCAAAAAGAAAACUGUCUUUGUAUUCGAUUCCCCUUUUGAAUUUUUUUUUUCAUCUCUCUUCAUCUUAUCUAUUAAUUGAAACUUUGAGGUCGCUGAUCGCUAAUCAGCAGUGUAUAAAUUCCGUUCUCUCCAUACCGGCCACAACCGGAUGUGCGCUGAACGAACACGAAAAUGGGCUGAAAGUUCUACAGUGCAAGUGAGCUUUUUCCCGUAUUCUUUACAAAACAAUCAGUUCAGAAAGAAAUGUUCUUCUCGGGGGUCAGACUUCAUCUGUAUGAUGCGAACCUGGAUAUCAGAACAAAAUACCUGCACUUUACGGGAUAUUCAAAGUUAGCGGUCAUUUUACUUUGCAUUCUGUGAUUCCAUGAGGACCUUUUUCUAGAAAUUUUCAAACUUGAUAAGACCCUGAAGUGGAAAAAAACAACUUAUGGUGGUUUUUAUUUUUUUAUUUUUCCGACUUUUGAGCAAGUGAGAAACGAAAUGAGAAAAAUCUCAAAGUUUCAACUAUACUUAAAAAAAUGUCUUGUUCUCAGCGAAAUGCGGAGACCAAGCUGCGAACCUCUACGAGGAAAUGCAAACGACCGUUUUCGACCCUCAGUUUCCAGUUAUUUGUAACUACGACAAAGGUAGCUUAAGCGUAUGAAAAUGCAAGAAGGGUAAAUUAAGAGAGCAAUAUCACGACAGAAACUCCAGCCACUGACAACAUUGUUAACAAUCAGCUUAACAGUGUUUAUAUGAAACCGGUGAGAAGCUCUAUUUUAUAGAAAUUCAAACUUGGCAUUUCAGCCUCGAGUCGAGGUUCCUGACUUUGAACCUGUGAAGCCAGAAAGCCGUAUUCAACAAAACUUCCCUUCUGAAGCAACGACUCUCACGAAAAACCGAAUAACAACGACCCAGACAUCGACGUCGGCUCCUAUGACUGCAGUUUUCACUAGUAGGAUGCCGAUUCCGCAAGCUCGACCUGCUGCUGCUCUGCCGCCUGUGCCGGUUUACAACUAUCGAACUCCGGCCAUCGUUCUGCCUUCGAAGAGAAUCACAGAACAAGAGUCCCUCACCAGCCCAUUUAUAGCUACUGAUCUCCCCACCGUCUGGACCAAAAGGCCAAAUUCACAAAAGGCGCAGUAUAACAAGGAGUUUUGGUAUCAAAAAACUUCAGGUUGGUGUUCUGACAAAAUUUAUGUGCGUUAUUUGAGGAAUUCUUUUUUUUCUAAAAAUUUUCAUAAGAAAAUUUUUUAGAUUAAGAUAUAGCUAAUCUUUGUACAUGAUACAAUUCGAAGUCGAUCUUUUUUUAUAGAAAACGUUUUUCACCACGCAACAUCCUCUUUUCACUACAACAGUACCUGGAGCCACGCCAAGAACUCGAAAAGUAUUUUUAUUUACAUUAAAGCUUCUGAUAUAAUAUACUUUCAGGUCAUUGACAUUUUGAAAAGUUUGUUACCCGCUAACCUUCCUUCAAAGCUGACUUCUUUACUGGAAAACAGCUUGGACCGGGAGAAUUUCAAUCCGGACCUUCUGAAUUUCAACACUCCUACUGUUGACUUCUCAUCGUUAGGUUACACUCAACCUACUGAACGAGGUUAAUUACUUUUUCUGUUUCCGACAUGUUCCAAAAAGAACUGACAAAAAACAUCAUUUAACGGAUUCAAAAUGGAAUGUUUCUAAAAGACGUUUGAAAAAUCGAAUGAAGCUUUUUUUGAACACGUAUCCUGUUUACUGAGCGCUGUAUUAUCAAUUUAAAAGACCAAGCAAAAGUUGUGAGCUCUUUCUGAAAACUUUUAAAAAUGUUUUAGAGAUUAGACGUUUCAAAAAAAAACAUCAGAAAACUUAUGAAGAACGUUUUUUCAAAUUCUUACAAUGAGGAAAGUUAUUUACUUCUGGCAUAGAAUAGAAAUAGAAAAUCAACUAAGAGUUUAUUAUAGUGAGCUAUGUGACAGCUUCGCCGAGCUCAAGGACCACGACGGCUUUGACCAUUCGCCAGUCUGA